UUACACACCAAAAAAAAUCCCCUUCCAAACUCCCUUCUGAUAUUUCCAAAACAAAAAGGGUCAGGUCUGGUCAGGUCAGGUCCCAGCUCAGGUCAUCGCAGCAAAUAAAGGCGCACCCAACCCACCCUCACCCAUUCCCUUUGUUCCCUCAAAACCAAAACCUCGCUAGCCUAACCUUUAGCCAAAUCAUUCCAAGGUAGAAAAGAAAUGGGCUGGCUUGGCUUGAAUGAAUGAAAAAUGCCCGACGCACCACCAACCCUCCAUUUUUACUCCGCCUCUUGCUAGUUUGCGUCAUCGUCGCCUCCCGCCCUCCCCUCGCCUACGACUGUUACGAUAACCUUAAGAUCGACGAGAUCUCCUGUCCCAAUCGCCGGCGAAUCAUGUCCAAAUCUCGCGUUUAUCCUGACGUCAACGUCCUUCGUCCUAAGGAGUACUGGGAUUACGAGUCCCUCACUGUUCAAUGGGGUGAUCAAGAUGAUUAUGAGGUCGUUCGUAAAGUUGGAAGGGGAAAAUACAGUGAGGUUUUCGAGGGCAUAAAUGUCAAUAACAAUGAGCGCUGUAUAAUCAAGAUCCUCAAGCCUGUCAAGAAAAAGAAGAUUAAAAGAGAGAUAAAAAUCCUUCAGAAUCUAUGUGGUGGGCCAAAUGUUGUUAAACUUCUUGAUAUUGUAAGAGAUCAGCACUCCAAAACGCCUAGCUUGAUAUUUGAGUAUGUCAACAGUACAGAUUUCAAAGUUCUCUACCCUACUUUGACAGACUAUGACAUUCGCUACUACAUAUAUGAACUUCUUAAGGCAUUAGAUUACUGCCAUUCGCAAGGAAUAAUGCACAGAGAUGUCAAGCCUCACAACGUCAUGAUAGACCAUGAGCUGCGGAAACUUCGCUUGAUAGAUUGGGGACUUGCUGAAUUUUACCAUCCUGGCAAAGAGUAUAAUGUCCGUGUGGCUUCUAGGUACUUUAAAGGACCCGAGCUUCUGGUAGAUUUACAGGACUAUGAUUACUCUUUGGACAUGUGGAGCCUUGGUUGCAUGUUUGCUGGAAUGAUAUUCCGGAAGGAACCAUUCUUCUAUGGCCAUGACAACCAUGAUCAAUUAGUUAAAAUUGCCAAGGUGCUAGGAACUGAUGAGUUAAAUGCAUAUCUGAACAAGUACCAUUUGGAGCUUGAUCCUCAACUUGAUGCUCUAGUUGGAAGGCACAGCCGCAAACCCUGGUCCAAAUUUAUUAAUGCGGAUAAUCAGCAUCUUGUUUCUCCUGAGGCGAUUGAUUUUCUUGAUAAGUUGCUUCGGUACGAUCAUCAGGACAGGCUAACUGCAAGAGAAGCUAUGGCCCAUCCUUACUUUUCUCAAGUCAGGGCUGCAGAAAGUAGCAGGAUGCGGACUCAGUAAGUCAAAUUCACUUUGUGUUCAUUUGAAAAUCAGACCAGACUAGUUCGGGGAGAUUUGUUGUGCUAAAUGUUACAUAAACUCCAGAAUAUUGUGUUUGCAAUCGUGAGUAUUUGUGUGUGAAAUAUAUUUGCUAUCAUAUUAUUAUUCGCCUAACUUAUUUUGUUUGAGAGUAUACAGUUUUUUCUCAUACGUUUCAAAAUGUUUUAACACCAUGGAAUUUCGGUUGCAAGCAGUAGAUACAAUUUGUCAUUGUUAAAUGAACAAGCAUGCAUGUACAAUAUGAAAACAAAU